CGGGCGGAGGGAAGGAAGAGAGAAAACGCCCACCCCACCCCGCCACACUCACCCAAACCCAAACCCCAACCCCCACCCGCUUCCUUCCCUUCCCUUCCCCUCCGCAUUCUCCACCCUACCAAACCCUAGCUAGCGGAGCGGAGGCGCGACCGGCGAGGAGAGGCCCGAUGGCGGACAAGCUCCGGGAGCUCGCUCACAGGUUCCGGGCCGCGCGGGCCGACGGCAGGCUUCGGCUCCCCUGGGAGAAGCCGAUGCCGUACCGGGUGUUCUACUCACCAAUUACAGGGGUCUGCACCACAAUAUCUGUGCAAAAAGAACCCGCAGGACCCUGCUAUCGAAACAGGCCUUCAAUCACAGGGCGCAUCAAGAAGGGUCUCCAGGCUAUUGACCAAUGGCUUGAGCUACCAGACCUGGCCCGCAAGGUGCUUAUCAAGGGCGGUAAGAUUGUGGGCACUGGAGUUACAGCAGUUGGUGUCUGCCGCAUCGGCUACUUUGAGCUCAAGCGGCUCAGGGAGCAGGAUGGCUCUGAACCUUUCAGGGAUGGGUAUGAGCAUGCAAGAGCAAGUGUCCUUUCCUACAUCCAGGGGCAGCCGUGCCAAGACCCCAGCGCCACGUUUAUCCAGAGCGUCAAGGACCUCUGCAACCCAUUCUACAGCUACAAGAAGCCCGCCGACGAGGAACCCACCAAGAGCCCUGCCAAGAAGCCUGUGGAGGGGAAGAGCACGGCCAAGAAGCCUGUGGAGGGGAAGAGCGCCAGGGAUAUAGAGGAGACGGCAGCAGCAGCAAAGACGGCAGCAGCAGCAAAGGCCAAGAGGCUCUCUGAGUUAAAGAGGCAGCAGUUGGACCGUCUCGAACAUUCCAAGAGGAAAGGUGACAAGGACAAGGACAAGGACAAGGAGAAGAGUCAGAGCAAGGGCAGUGCUGCUGGGCAGGGCCCUGAAGCGGCGCCGAAGAAGUAGGAGGGGCGUUGGACAUGGUAAUAGUUGCUGUAGAAAACAUGAGAGUUACCUGGUUUUGGCAGAGCACAACUGAAGAGCUUAGAUGAGAGUGUGGAAACGAAUACAUGUAGUGUAGGUUCAACCUGAGUGGGUUCUGUCUUUUUACCGUGGCGCUGCGCCCAAGUAGGUGGGUGAAGUAACAGGAGACUCUUUUUUCACCGUGCGGAACAUAUAGGAGGUGGGUUCGGGGGUCUUUUCUUUGCCUGAAGGUGUACAAAUCAGGAGUAGUUUGGAUCGCUGGGAGGUGCGUUCUGUCCUUUUACCACUUGCAUGAAUGAUGAAUUGGUGGUGGUGUGUGUUUGAACACUACACCAGGAUUAUGGGGGUGAUGAUUUUGGCUCGGUUAUACAAUUGCGAGGGGGUCUUUUCCUCCAUUGAUUU